UGAUGAAUGAAUAUUAUAUGCUAAGACAAAUUAAUGUUGGAGAUACUGAUCUAUUACAUCCAAACAGCUUAGAUUCAGCUGAAAAGCUCGUAUAAAAUGAUUUCUAUAUGCGAGAUAGAUAUAAGUAAUCAUGGAAAAAGACUCAAAAAAGCAUAUAAGGUAAGGAUAUCAAUUAUAAUUGGAUGAGUUUUCUUUUGAAUCAUAGAUAGAUAAUGGCCCACCUUGUCACCUCAAACUCAAAGGAUAGAGAGUAGAAAUCCCAAUGUAGAGUACAGACAAAGGAUAUGAUAUUUGUGUCGGCUUGUAUUAAAUCUCACAGCAGAGCAAGCUUGCAACAAAACAGAGAUCUUUUGUGUAUUUAAAGCAUAUAAAUUAAGCCUGAAAAUAUGACAAUUAACACCCUUUUCUAAGGUUAAAACUUUGAGCUCAAUCCAAGUGCUAUUUAAUUCAACCAAAGUUGUUAAACCCCAAGCUUGCAUUUUACAAGGUUAUGGAAACCAAAAAGAAACCCCAAUGGUGACAGGUCACAGAUCACACAGUCCAUUAUUAAAUUUAUCUCCCCCUUCCAGCUUAUUUAUUUAUUUAUUUAUGUAUUUAUUAAUUAUUAUUAUUAUUAUUAUUAUUAUUAUUCACAUUGAAAGCCAGAUGUUCAUAGAUGAGAGUUGGGGAUGUGGUAAAAAACCAAAAGAGUAAAAGAGAAGAAAAAAUAAAAAGAAAAAUCCGUACCACAAAGCCAGGCCUCACAGCUCCUCUUGGCCUCUAUUACUCUCAAUAAAACCAUGACAUGUACAACUUUCUCUUACUGACUCACGCCAAGCUUCAGUGCCCGCUUUUCCUCACAUUACAAAGGAGAUUUGCUAUACUCAAUCACUAUAACUUCUGCAGCUUCACAUAAUAUGCACAGGGCACUUUUUUCUAGGACUAUAUGAUGUUGUGGUGGAGACAACAAAAUCAGAGUACCCUAUAUUUCAAUCUUUGAUUAUUUUAUUUUAUUUUUAUUUUUAUUUGUUUUAUGAAUUUCUGUAAAGUUUAAUUCAGAGACAAUGGCAGCAACAAUGGUCGCUGCAAAGCAGAAGCAGUAGCAACAGAGAUGCAGUCCAGUCAUAAUAAGAGCAGAGUCGCUCAGAAUAAGGACUAAAAAGAGAGAAAAAAAUAGAGAAAGAAAAGGGAGGGGAGGUGGCAGCACUGUAUAUCAGAGCCAUUAGUUUUAUCCAUGCACAGAAGAUUCUGCAACCAAUGGACUCUGCAAAAAUACCCAGCAGACCAACAAGAAUAAUAAACCCACUUUCUCUCUGUCUCUGAAAAUCUCCAAGUUGGUUCUUCAUUCUUCUUCUUUCUUGUUUGAUAUUUUUCAAGAUUUAUUUUUUUUCCUUUUCUUUUUGUUUCCCUCUAUUUUCUGUUUGAGAAAAAAAAAAAUGAUGAGUGCAAAUAGUAGUGCAAGAAGUAGGUCCUCUUUCACAGCAACUCAGUGGCAAGAGCUCGAACACCAAGCACUCAUCUUCAAAUACAUGGUUUCUGGUGUGCCUGUUCCACCUGACCUCAUAUAUUCUGUCAAAAGAAGCUUGGAGUCUUCAUUCUCUUCGAGACUUUUUCCACACAAUCCCAUUGGAUGGGGAUGUUUUGAAAUGGGUUUUGGCAGAAAAGUAGACCCAGAACCAGGAAGGUGCAGAAGAACAGAUGGGAAGAAAUGGAGGUGCUCAAAAGAGGCAUACCCAGAUUCAAAGUACUGUGAGAGGCAUAUGCAUAGGGGCAGAAACCGUUCAAGAAAGCCUGUGGAAAUUUCUUCAACUGCAACCAUUUCAACAACAUCAACAAUAUCAUCAAUCACUUGUCCGCCCAAUAUUUCAUCAAUGAACAUGAAUAGAAGCCUAUCCACUUCCACUUCCACCAUCCCUACCUACUCUUCAAUUUCUUACCCAUUACCAUCUGAACCACUUUCCCACCUCCAUCCUCAGCACAAUUCGCCUCUUUAUCCCUUUCUUUAUUCCCAUUCUUCCUCUUCUAGACCUACUGGUUAUGGUCUGCUACCUGAAAAUAAUACCACUUCUUACUUCUCUGUGAAAUCUGAAUCCUAUACUCAGCCUGAUAAGGAUUACAGGUAUUAUAAUGGUACAAAGGAAAGUCUAGAUGAGCUAGCUUUCUUUCCAGAAUCGUCAGGGAAUGCAAGAAGCUUACCUGAAACAUGUAAUCAUCCACUAUUGACUAGUUCCUACAGAAGCUACUCUCAACCACAGUUCCAAAGCUAUACAGAUAAUUCCAAAGAACCAAAGCAGUCAGAUUCAGAUGAGCAACAUUGCUUUGUUUUGGGCACCGAUUUCAAAUCACCAAGAUCAAUUAAAACUGAGAAAGAACCUGAAACCCAGAAGCCACUCCAUCACUUUUUUGGAGAAUGGCCACCAAAGGACACAGACUCCUGGCUAGAUCUUGCAUCCAAUUCCAGAAUCCAGAGUCCCUAAUGAUGAUUGAAGUAUCAAUAAUGGGGUUUGCUGAUCAAGAACAAAAGAGUACUUGGGGUUGUGGGACAAUAGCUUUCUUGUUUGAAUUCGUGGAUAGGGAGAGCUUUGUUUUAGGUUUGAAGUGAAUAAUGUAGGGACACAACCGCAUCUCUGUCAUUUGCUUUCUUUCUUCCCUUGUAAGAAACAUGUUUGAUAUUUUGAGACUUGCUUGUUUGACCGGAAGCAUCUUCCAUAUGCUUUUGGGUCUUGUAGGCUCCCCAUA